UUUGCAUCCUGCUCAUGGUCGUUGGCCUGUCCACCUCAGCUGCUGCCACCGCUCUAGUCAUUGACCAUGAAGAGGCCCAAGCAGCAGACGGGACCGCUGAGCUUCCUGAACUUCUUCAGCAGGAAGCCCAAAUCGGAGCCAAAGCCCGAGAGGCCGGUGGAAGCCUGGCCCAGAGAGGAGGUGGCCAUCACCCUGACCCCGAGCGAGCAUCCAGAGCAGGACCUCAGCCUCACAGCAGAAGAUGCUGGAGGAGAAAGAGGAGAAGGAGGAGGUCAACCUGCAGCGGCGGCGGCGGCGGAUGGAGGCGAUGACGGUGCCGCCAUAGCUGAGUGCGUGGGCGGGGCCAGCAGCGGCUCCACCGGCGUCCUGUCCGUCUCCUCCACCAGCCAGGAGCAGCUGUUGGAGGAACACCUGGAGGAGUGCCCACUGUGCCUGCUCAGUCAACCACGUUGCCACUUCCCACGACUCUCCUCCUGUUCCCACCGAACGUGCUCCGACUGCCUCCGCCAGUACCUGCGCAUCGAGAUAUCGGAGAGCAGGGUGUGCAUCGCGUGCCCGCAGUGCCCCGAGACACUGGCGCCACUGGAUGUUCGUGACAUCCUGGACGACCGGGCGCUGCUGGAGCGCUUUGAGGAGUACCAGUUGAGGCGUUUCCUGGCCUCUGAUCCAGAUACACGCUGGUGCCCUGCACCUGACUGCAGCUAUGCAGUGAUAGCUUACGGCUGUGCAGAGUGUCCCAAGCUGAGCUGUGGCCGUGAGGGAUGUGACACAGAGUUCUGCUACCACUGUCGGCAGCUGUGGCACCCCAACCAGACGUGUGAUCAGGCCCGGCGUCAGCGAGCCCGCCACACCUCAGGCGGCAACGACGCCUCCACGCUGUACGUCUUCAAUGAAGAACCUGGAGGAGAUGCAGAGGAGAUCAAAGCGUGCCCUCGCUGCGGUGCCUACAUCAUGAAGACCAACGAUGGCAGCUGUAACCGUAUGAACUGCACUGUGUGUGCCUGUCAGUUCUGCUGGCUGUGUAUGCAGGAGAUUACCGACGUGCACUACCUCAGUCCCUCAGGGUGUACAUUCUGGGGGAAGAAGCCAUGGUCUCAAACCCGCAAGGUUCUGUGGCAGGUGGGCAUGUUGCUCGGAGCACCGGUGGUCAUCUCCCUUAUAGCGGGCAUCGCCAUCCCAGUCAUCAUUGUGGGCAUACCAAUCUACAUGGGCCGCAAGGUCCAUGGUCGCUGUAAGAAAAACAAUAUCUCAGGAAGUAAACACUACUUGACUGUGGCAAGUGGGGUGAUGAUGUCAGUGUUUGUGUCGCCGGUCAUAGCGGCUAUCACUGUGGGUAUGGGUGUGCCGCUAAUGCUGACUUAUGUCUAUGGGGUCGUCCCCAUGUCGCUCUGUAGGAACGGCUGGUGUCGACCGCAGAAUGAGCCCCCUGAAACACACAAAAUCCAACUGGAGGACUUAGCCAGCUAUCUUCUAUUCUCUCAUGUAGUCAGUGACCACUGGCCGGGUCAGAAAAACCCAACGCUCAGCGACACCAGCGUCCAGGAAGUCCGAGUCAGUGUACAGGAAGUGGGCGUCCUCCCCAGUACGAGCACCACGCCCCCCGAGCUAGAUAGCUAUGAAGAAUUGGAUGAAGCCACUAAUCACCACGGAUACACCCAUCAGGACAGCCAAUCGGACUGCCAGGUGGUUAUUGUGCCUGACAGCAAGCUUGAUGACACACAAGGGCUUCAUUUGAGGGAAGGAACCAAUAUUGAAGUCCGUGUGGAAAUUGAGACCCAUCCCAGAGGCGCCCGCCAGUCCAGCCUAAGUAGCAUCCUGUCUAGCCGAAGCUUGUCAGUGGAGUCCCUGGGACACUCGCAGUCCCAGUCCCAAGACUACCUGUGUGCCUCAGAACUGGAAGGAAGACGAGAGGGAGAAGGAGGAGGAGAGGAGCAGGAAGGAAGAGAGAAACCAGGAGGGGAAGCAGCAGGAGGAGAUGAAGGGACAGUUUUCCCAGUCUUUGAAAUAGACGGCGUAUGAGGUCCUUUAAUGUAGACUUUGUACUUAGUUGGAGAUUUUAUGGAAAAUAAGGAAAUCCAUGAGCUGACACUGGAUUGACCUGAAAAUCGUUGGCCACCUCCUGCUUCCAAGACAGGCCCUCCCACCAGUUGCCUUCUAGCUCCAGCCUCUAAGGAAGACGCGGGUUUAGAGAGAGAUAAUGUAAACGUGUGUGUGAGUGUGUGUAUGAGACAAAUAGCAUGAGACUAUGACAUACGCAUUGGAGGGGUAUAGAUUGUAAAGGAGACAGGAUAGCAUCCAUCAAUUCAUCUUAAAACGGAAGUGACUGAGAGCAUGUUUCUUUUCUGUGUUGUCCUUUUCUGAAAGAGACUACCUUACACUCCACCUGUCAUAAAUCUAUUUCAUGAGACUCUCUCUUCAUCUGACUGUACUUCAACACUUCUUUUAGUGACCUCACCUCCCUCCUCACUCUCCCUUUACAAAUAAAGAGACACCCAAGAGCAUGAUUUGUUUUAUGGGGCAUUAAGGAUUUAAAAACUGUUGUGUCAGCAAGUUAAUAUCACAUGUUUCACAGGCCAAGUUGCAGGACAUCAGGGGUGAUUUUUAUUUUCUACCUUAAAGAAAUACCUCCAGCAUUUUAAGAUGCAUUGGUCACACCUAAAUUGGACAAACUUAAACAGACGACGCAUGUUGCACUGUUAUAUUUUGUGAAGCAGUUGAAAAUGACAUCUGAAAACUGUUUAAGCUUGUAACUGUUGCUCUCUAGUGGGGUAAAAAGUGCUCUGUGACAUUAUGGCAGUGAUUUUAUUGACUGGAUGGCUUUUAAAUACCAUUAAUUAUAAGUAUCGAUCACAAAUCCACAGUCUUCCAAGGAAGCAGACAGGAGGCAAUGCCACUUUUGCAUCAUUUUAGUGCAGCUUUUUAGCCUUCAAGAGGCUAUUUCCUUUUAAACUGCAGCCUUUUUUUCUUAAAUUUAAAAGUAGCUGCAUGAUUCUACUACUCGCUGUGUAUCCAGGAUUACACAUAAACACACACGCACACACAUACACACACACACACACGCAGCUGUCAGUGUAAUUGCAGUAGUGUGUGCUGCUGAGAGCAUUAAAUAUAAACUUAAGACCCUCUCAAAUGAUCACAGAGCACCAACAUUACAACAGCAGCAUGCCACCUCAGGCUGAACUCUAAUAACCCCCCACUAGAUGAUUUAUGGGAAUUACAUACAUGCUCUGCUUAGCUUCAAGUAUUGGUGUGAAAUACUUGUGAGAGAUGAACUCGGACAUGAAAUGAUAACCUGUGCUGGGUUGUGGAGAGAAAUUAAAUAAAGAUUUCACC